AUUAAUAACAUCAUGACCAUCAAAAUCUCAAAGAUCACUCCUUGUUUUGUUACGCCCAGACAAAAUCCACCGCCAUAACUACCAGACUACCAUAAACCAAACCAAACCUACUCAACUUCCAACAAAAGAAAAAAAAAACACCAUGGAAGAAAAAGAGAAGAAGAAGAAGAAGAACAGCAGUAGUAAUAAGAAGCAAAAACACCAACACCCAAAUGAUCAAACGACAAAAUAUAGCUCAGAUUUCUCAUUCAAGCCCUACUCCGACGUAAAGGGUGUCCGAUUCGGUGGCCAGUUCAUCGUUAAAUCUUUCACAAUCCGGCGAGCGAGGCCUCUUGAGCUUCUCCAGCUACUUUCUUGCCCUCCAAAUAGUACUACCAGUAGCAAUAAGAGUAGCAAGGUUCCUUUCCCUUCGACGGUGGGCUUUUUACCGACCAACUUCACGAUCUUGGCCCAUCACGCUUGGCACACCCUCACUUUGGGCCUGGGCACCAAGAAGUCCAAGGUCCUUCUCUUCGUUUUCGAGUCGGAGACGAUGAAGGCCACCGUGGACCGACUAUGGCCACCGGAGAUACCCCUCGGGGAAGUUAACAAGAGACUCAUUAGGGGUUUGACCGGAAGCGAGAUGGCCCGGUUCAAGUUCAGAAAAGGUUGUAUUACUUUUUAUGUUUACGCCGUUCGCAGAGCCGGUAGCCCGGGCUUCUCUUGCGCUGAUGACCUCCGUACGAUCUUACAAUCUGUGGUUGCUUUGAAAGAUUUCUUGGAUCAUACGGCUAUGCUUGCUUUGCCUAAUCAGAGAAGUAUUAGCUAUGCUACUCCUCCGGUGGCCAUGGCUCAUUAGGCCAUUUCUUUUCUUUUCUUUUAAUUGUUUAAUCUUUCUUUCUUAAUAUUAUUAUUAUUAUAGGGGGUAUUAUUGGUUUAUUUGUUGGAGAUCUUGUUGUUUUAUUUUAACGGAAAAUCUGUAAUUUUAGUACUAAUAAACUUGGACUUUGUAUUAAAAUUUAGAGUGAAAUUCAACUUCGUAUCUAUUUGUAUAUCUGUUUGUUUGAGUUGGAUAUACAGACAAUUUCGGUCCGUGCUUCUAUAUGGACUCUAUCAGGGGAAAAUGGUACGUAGAACAGUAUUAACUUCUUUCCUUUUUCUUAAAUCUUUGGCUUAGCAAGUGAAUAUUUUAAGCUUCUUUGUUUUUUUA